AUGGUGGCUCGGGACAUAGGCAGAUAAUACAUACAUACAUCACCACCUUGCCGCCAUCUCCUCCGUGCUAAGGGCGUCGAGAAGAUCGCCCACCCUUUCGUCACUCCUUCUAGACAUUCGUUACUAUGCGCUCCAGUCCCUGGACUUCGCUCUUCGUGAGUGUCGUCUCCCUUUCCCUCACGACUUCAACCAAGACAGUGAGGAACAAUCCUGUCGCUUUGAGCCCCUUCGCCCAAUCUCAUAAUGGCUUUCCUACAUAUUACCCACCAAAAUUUGGUACCUCUGGAAACUUAUCUCUUUCUUCUCGCGACGUACUUCCUGUCGGAGAAUGCAAUGCGGCUACACCCUGCGUCAAUGGGGCUUGCUGUGGAACAGACAACCUCUGCGGGUACUCACCCAAGUCUUGCGGGACUGGAUGUCAGCACAACUGUGACGCAAAAGCAGGCUGCGGCCCCUACGCGGUCGAGGGGGCACAAUCAUGCCCUCUGAACGUCUGCUGCAGCGAAUUUGGCUUCUGCGGCUCGACGACUGAGUUCUGCGAAUGGACCAACAAGGACGACGACAACUACUCCAAGUGCGACACCAAGUACGGCGGCUGCGGCGACGUCAAGCGCCCUUCGUGCGGAGGGUCGAGCGUCGGCAAGCGCAACAUCGGGUACUACGAGUCGUGGUCCAACACACGGUCAUGCCAGAAUGUGAAGCCCGAGGACCUCAAUAUUGACGGUUUCACGUCGAUGAACUUUGCGUUUGCCUUCUUCGACCCUUCGAGUUUCCAAAUCUCGCCCAUGGACGCCAAUGCCGCGUCGCUGUACGAGAGAUUCACGGCGCUGAAGCAGACCAAAGCCGGUCUGGAAGUCUGGAUCUCGGUGGGCGGAUGGAGUUUCACUGACCCUGGUCCGACGCAAAAUGCGUUCAGCAACAUGGUCAGCAGCUCGGGGAAUCGGGCCAAGUUCAUCAAUGGGCUGAUCAAGUUCAUGGACACGUAUGGAUUCGACGGCGUCGACCUCGACUGGGAGUACCCCGGUGCCGAUGACAGAGGGGGCAACAGCGACGAUGUGAAGAACUACGUUGCCUUUGCCAAAGAAGCGCGUGCUGCGUUUGGAAGCAAGUACGGCAUGACGAUGACGCUGCCGACGUCGUACUGGUAUCUGCAGCACUUCGAUCUCAAAGGGGUGCAGGACUCCGUCGACUGGUUCAAUGUCAUGGCGUACGAUCUUCACGGCACCUGGGAUGCCGAUUCCAUGUUCCUAGGCCCCUAUAUCGCUCCUCACACCAACAUCACUGAGAUCGAUGCUGCAUUGGAUCUCAUGUGGCGAGCCGGCAUCGACUCGACCAAAGUCGUUCUGGGACAGGGCUGGUAUGGCCGAUCCUUCACGCUGACCGAUCCGAGCUGUAAUACACCGAAUGGUCGGUGUCAAUUCUCGGGCGGCGCUGACGCCGGACCGUGUUCCAAAGCCUCGGGAAUCCUCGAUUACCAGGAGAUUUCCGAUAUAAUCCUCACCAACUCGCUGACGCCGACAUGGGACAAGACGGCCGGUGUCAAAUGGAUCACCUGGGGUGGUAACCAAUGGGUCUCGUAUGACGAUGGCGACACCUUCAAGCAAAAGGUUGAAUUCGCUAAAAAGCGCUGCCUCGGCGGGAUGAUGGUAUGGGCCGUUGACCAGGUAGACCAGAGCGCAGAAAACGGUUUCGGCGGCGCUUCUAAUGCCGCGGGCUUGGGCAUCACCGCCUCGCAGCAGGCCGACGCCAACCAAGCAAGCCUAGAUAAUGUAGCUAGCGCGACAUGUUACACGGCGGGUUGCGGCGAGAGCUGCAAAGAUGGAUCGACGGCCGUCACGCAGUUUAACGGGCAGCCUGGCUCGUUGAGUACCUCGGACAGAUGCAGCAAGAAGUCAUACAGGACGCUGUGCUGCGACUCCAAGACGGAGGUUGGGACGUGCCAGUGGCGGGGGUAUCGUGGUGCUGGUCUUAGCUGUGUGGGCGGGUGUGCUGAGGGCGAGACUGAGUUGACGAAGAACACGAACUCGCAUGAUGAUAAGAAAGGUGAUAAAAACUGCAAUGGUGGCACGCAGAGCUAUUGCUGUGCUGAUUUCAAACCUACCACCUCAAGUCUCAAAGACGACCUCGAAGACGCGGCAAAGGACGCAGCUAUCGCGCUGGCAGAGGAAGCAGCCCUGGACCUAGCAGCGAAGGCCUUCUGCCGUGUCGCGGUACCCGCUCUUCUCGCGCCCCUUGAGCUCGCAGAGAGCUUCAUCCCCAUCAUCGGUGAGAUCCUUGACAUAGCCGAGAUCGCCGCGACGCCCGCCAUCAUCGCGGGUUGCGUCAAGGGGAUCGAGAAAGAAGGAAAGUCGGUGUUCAAAGUCUUCGGCAAGACGCAGACGCUCAAGUACGACUCGCCUAAGACGAAGCCUACAGACGUCCCGGAUCGGUCGAACCCAAAGUCUGCGACACCUACUAAGUCGGGUGACAAGAGCUCGCCGACGUGUACGCGGAGGACAAAGGAGAAGCGUGUUGACCCCGUCGAGAAGACGGUUUAUCUAGAUGAUCCGCCGAUGAAGAUUAUGAAGGCCGUGGCUAACAAGCGGGACGACUCCUGGAGAGAUGGCGACGGGUGGGGCAUUCUUGCUGGUAAGCAUAACUAAUUAUCUCUAUCAGACCUGUCAUUGUCAACUUGGACCCCAAAUUCAUCACGAUAACCGUGCACGACUUUCUUAUUCCCUACAAAAGUUCUUUUUCAUUAACACGCGGCUCACUCCCAGUCUGGCCCCCGGGAGGCAUCCUCCCCAUCCCAGCGCACUACCAGUUGAUCGCAGGGUACGUCCAGAUAACAACAAGAUCGACUGAAGAGAGGAACGCGUGCGGCGACGUGGUCAAGCGGACGACGACGCAGACGCGCAAAUGGAAGGGCUACGUGUACGACAUCCUCGAGGCCAACGGCAAGCUCGUGUUCGCGGACCGGGGCAUCGGUGACGACGGCAGCGCGUCGCCCGACUUCUGGCCCACGGGCAACGCGAAGAAGGGCAAGGUAACGUACCAGAACCUGGGCGCGAUCGUGCCGGGCCUCACGUACGAGCAGAUCAAGACGCUCGGUAAGGACUUUGCGAAGAAUAAUCCUGACUAUUCGUAUUUUGCCAUCACGGGGAAUAAUUGUAAGACGUUUGCGGAGGCGCUUUAUAGGAUGAUUGCUAGGUAGGUUGGUGUUGAGCUUAGCGAAUUGAGGAUUAGGAUGGUGAUGGUUUCA